ACGUCAAGUCCGGAUUUUGAUGAUUCUUUUGACAAUCUGGUUCAUGCACGAAAUCUCAAGGGUUAUGAAGACUUUGAAACGAUAAUGAGGGUGGGUUUGAAUCAAGAAAACCGGAGAACGAGACGUGUUCAGUCCAAAAUCGAGAAGAAACCUCUUCUCAACUUGUCCUUUCCAGCAAAACCUAUUCAGAAAACCCUGGGAAACCCCGGUCGUACGUCCGGUCGAUACAGCAGGAUUCUGUUUUACUAUCACACUGAUCGAAUGGGGACAACAGGUCCCUACGUUCACGACUCAAGGCAGGAGUUCCCCUCAAGAGGUAUCCAAAAAGGGUGCAAUGUGGAUGAUUCAAAUCGACUCAAAUAUUUUAUAAAAUUAUCACCGAAUUCUCCGUUCUGA